GGAAGCCCGAGCAGCCAAGACGCGAAGACUGAGCAAACAGUCAUAUUCUGUUUACAUUAAAUUUCUCCUGAGUCUUUGGCUUUAUAUAAAGUUCUUGCGAGGUGAUUUAGAAGUGAACUGAUUUUUUGUGUCGGUUUGUCCGCGUCCUGCUCCGUUGACCCCGGGGCGGUGCUGCUGCUGGUAAAUCAGUCUCGACUGUCUCCACGUCAUUGACGUUUGACUGUUCCGGGUUAGAAGCUGCAGAGCUCGGCUAUGAACUCCGGACGGAUUUAGCGCAUUUAGUGAGCAGUUUCCUGCAAUAAGAUGUCGGGCUGCAGCAGCGGGUUCCAGUGGACGGUGGUUGUUCUCACAUGCCAACACAAAGACAGCGUCUUCUCAUUCCAGAGAGAGUUGGAGUUGCGGCAGCAUCGCGGGACUCUCUCUCCAGGGGCGUUGGUUCUGACUGUGCGGGACCGCCAGGAGCCGCUGGGCAGCGGGGGGGCCACGCUGAACGCUCUGCUGGUUGCAGCAGAACACCUGAGCAGCAGGGCCGGACACACUGUGGUGACAGCCGACGUCCUGGAUGAAGCUCACAUCCUCAUCCUCCACACAGGUCGGGAUUUUCCCUGGAGCUCCUGCAGCCGAGCGUUCUGCUGGCUGCCUCACGAGAAGCCCGAGCAGAAAGUCCAGUCUCCGGUCUGCUGUGUGGAUCUGCUGCUGGACUGCCUCAGCACUCAGAUCUGUCCCGGUUCUCCUCCUGGUGUCUGGGUCUGCAGCACCGACAUGAUCCUCACCGUCCCUCCAGACUUUGUUUUGUCGUGGGCAGGUUUCUCCGGUGUUCGGGUUUUGGCCUUACCAGGCGACACCUCCUAUGCAGCUGAUCAUGGAGUCUACCUGUCCGACCUACAGGGUCGGGUCAGGGACAUCCUCUACAGAGGAACCCGAGAGCAGAUCCAGCAGGCUGUGAUGUCCGAUGGGAAAGUGCCACUGGUCUCAGGUCCAGUCUUCUUCAGUAGGUCUGUAUCUGAGAAGCUGCUCCAGACUCACGUCACUCCUCCGCUGGACGGCUGCACCUACCUGGGCCUGGACUCUGGAGCUCCGCCCCUCCAGAUCUCCCUGUUCCUGGACCUGCUCAAGUGUCUUUGCUCAGAUCUGACUCAGGAUCAGUUUAUAAGUGAGGAGAGAGCUGGCUGCAGUUCCCCGGUCGGACCACACGGGGCUGCAGUGAGGAGCGGCAGGAUGGAGCUGUGGAGGAUCCUGAGAGGAACUCCACUCUCACUAGUGUAUGUCCCUGGCGGUCGCUAUGACUACCUUACUCUGUCUGGGAAGGAACAUGUUGACCGCCUGACGCGCGGCUGGACCAAUACAAACACUCUGUCUCACAUACAGAAAAAUGGUGAGCUGAAAGAAGGAAGUUGUGUCAUCAACAGCAUUCUGGAGGGAGACGUUGGCAUGGCAACAGGAGCAGUGGUGCAACACUGCCACCUACAGGGUCCUCUGAACAUCCCAGCGCGUUGUUUGUUGUCAGGUCUGGCAGUCUCAGCGUCUCCGUUCAUCAGGCAGCUGACCCUCAGCAGUGACAUCAUCAUCCAGGGACACCGGAUUGAACUGGGAGAGUUGAAGCUGAAUGUGCACACGGUUACGGGAGCACAAGACGACCUCCAGGUCUGCUCUGACGACGGCAACACCUCCUUCCUUAACCAGAGCUGGACUGUCUUCUACAAGAGAACAGGAAUACAGCCGGAGGAGUUGUGGGUCAAAGGAGAGCAGCACUCCCUCCUGGAGGCUCGUCUCUUCCCGGUCUUCCACCCCAGAGAAGGUGGUGUGGGUGUGGAAGGAGGAGUCGGCUGGCUGCUGGGGGGUCCUGGCUGUCUGCAGAGGUGGAGAGAGGCGUGGAGACUCUCUCUGAGGGAGGUGCUGUCCCUCACUCACCAGGAGGCUGAGCUCCGGUGGAGGGAGGAGCUGCUGCUGCUGGCUGGCAGGAGAAGGGUGGCCGACGCCCUGCGUAGUUGCACCGACGUCUGCCUGCUGCCUUGUUUCAGAGCCGCGGUGCUGGGAGGACAGCAGGUCCCGCUGCUAGAAACUCUGGACCGCCUUGCAGCUGAUGCCAGCGAGCAGGAGGCGGAGGCCGGAGCAGAGCUGGGCAUGGCCGCUCGCUGUCUCUCCUGCAUUGCAGACGUGCUGGUGUGCAUGGCAGAGGGACAGGGGGGUCUGAGAAGCGGACCGGCUGCUAAUAAGGCCUGGAGAUCUGCCUAUGCUCUACUAGAGGAAAGUAACCUGAGGGGUGGAGUCCACGCCCUGGCCACGCAGAGACAGCACUGGCUCAGCAGGCCGGACCUGCUUGUGCGGGCUGCACGGCACUACGAGGGCGCUGGGCAGGUGCUGCUGCGCCAGGCUGUGAUGUCUUCACAGAGGUUCAUCUCUAUUGGCCAGGGGGAGGCUCCUCCGCUUGGAGAGUGGCAGGAAGUGGAGUGUCCAGCCAGACUGGACUUGGCAGGUGGCUGGAGUGAUACUCCCCCAAUCGCCUUUGAGCAUGGCGGCUCUGUGACCAACAUCGCAGUGAAGGUCAGCGGGAGGCGUCCCAUUGGUGCCAGGGCUCGUCGCAUCCUAGAGCCCCGCCUCCUGCUGGUCAGCUACACCGGAGGGCGGGACAGUGGGGUUUCCACGGAGACGGUGUGUGACAGCCUGGACGACCUGAAAGACUAUUGUCAGCCUCAUGCACCUGGAGCGCUGCUGAAAGCGGUGUGUGUCUGCAGCGGAUUGGUGUCUUUGUCCUCCCAUCAUCCUCUGGGCCAUCAGCUGAUGCAAAGAUGGGGGGGAGGGGUGGAGCUCCAUAGCUGGUCAGAGCUGCCCACCGGAUCUGGACUGGGUACCAGCAGUAUCCUGGCUGGGGCGCUAUUGGCUGCAGUUUACAAAUGCACCGGUCGAACAUAUGACACGGACUCCCUGAUUCACGCCGUCCUCUACCUGGAGCAGAUUCUCACCACAGGUGGGGGCUGGCAGGAUCAAGUAGGAGGUCUGGUGGGAGGAGUGAAGGUGGGUCGAUCCAGAUCAUCUCUCCCCCUGCAGGUGGAGGUGGAGCGUCUCCGUCCUCCAGAGGAGUUCCUGGUGUCUCUGGAGCAGCACCUCCUGCUGGUUUACACUGGGAAGACCCGACUGGCCCGAAACCUGCUACAGGAUGUGGUUCGCAGUUGGUACAGCCGCCUGCCCUCAAUGGUGCUGAAUGCCAAGCAGCUCGUGUCCAACUCUGAGGAGUGUGCCAGAGCCUGUUCAGACGGUUCUCUGUCCAGACUGGGUCAGUGUCUGGACCGCUCGUGGCAGCAGAAGAAGCUGAUGGCCCCCGGGUGUGAGCCGGCCUCUGUGAGGGCCAUGAUGGAGGCCCUGAGGCCGCUGGUCUUGGGUCAGAGCCUGGCCGGCGCCGGCGGAGGCGGAUUCCUGUAUGUGCUGACCCGGGAGCCCCGACAGUGUGAGGCAGUUCUGCAGGUCCUCAACAGCACGCCGGGUCUGGGAGACUUCAGCGUUCAUUCUGUGGAGCUGGACAUGGAUGGAAUCACAGUGUUGCCUUCAGGCACUUAAUGAUGAAGAUGUUUACAGGAGAAAACCAAGUGCCUUCAUUCCCAACAUUUGUUUGUCUUUUUCUUUUUUAAUAAUGAAUUAUAAUUAUGAUUGUUCGUUGCUCUUGACUUUAGUCUCUUGUUGAGGAAUCUGACAAGAGCACCAGGUUUAAGAACAGAGUUGUAUAUUAUAAUUGCAGAUCGGCUCGUUAAAGACUUUUGGGUUUUACAGAUUGGAAUGGGGGCUGAUCCGUGUGUGUUAUCAGUGAUGCCGAGUGCAGAUGUGGCAGCUGUCUUUUUAAAAUGUACUGUUCUGUAUUUUUGUUUUUUUUAUAAUUUAAAGGAUUUUUCUCUGAUCUGUCGAGCAUUUAAUCAUGAGAUUUGAUCUGUGAGGUAAAAUAAAGUCAAGAGUGUAUCACCUAA